UGUCAAACUCUGAAUCUUUCCUCUGAGUGGAAACUAAGGUCGAUUCCUCUCCGUAUCCUGCAGGUCUGCUGAGAUGGCUCGCACAUCUGUUUUCAGGUUCUCCGCUCUGGCUCUGCUGCUGCUGUCUGCCUUCUGUUGGGCCGACAAUGAGGCAGAGGAACAGCUGUCUGUCUCUGAACGUCUGUCGAGAGCCAACAGUAAUCUGAUCCGUUCUGUCGAUGAGCCCAACCUGAUUGAAGGAGACAUCGCCAUCGACUCAGAGGCCGAGAGAAACGCCGACCCAUGCACCAGCCGCGGCUGCAUGUGGGGCAAGUGGACUGAUGGAAAGGUCUACAUUCCUUAUUACAUCACCAACCACUUCUCCUCUCGUGAAAAGGCCAUCAUCACUCGUGGACUGGAGUCCUUCUCUUCUUUCUCCUGCAUCCGUUUCAGGCCCAGCAGAAGCGACGACCGCGACUGGCUGCAAAUCGAGUCUCAGAACGGCUGCUGGUCCUACGUUGGCCGCAGUGGUGGAAAGCAGGUAGUGUCUCUGGCCCGUAGUGGAUGUCUCUACCACGGCACCGUCCAGCAUGAGCUGCUCCACGCUCUGGGAUUCAACCACGAACAGACCCGCUCUGACAGGGACAACCACAUCCAAGUCCUGCUGCAGAAUGUUGAUUCUAGUAUGCAACACAACUUCAGGAAGAUCGCUACCUUGAACCAGGGCACUCGCUACGACUACAACUCUGUCAUGCAGUACCACAAGUACGCCUUCUCCAAGAACAACAAGCCCACCAUGCUGCCCAUCCCUAACCCCAACGUGUCCUUUGGUAAUGCCCAAGAGAUGAGCAGCAAUGACAAAGCCAGGCUCAACACUCUCUACAAGUGCUAAGAAGCCAGUUCAGAUCAGAGGAAACAUCAUCUCCUUAUUUUUACAGUGUUGAACAACAGACACUAAUCUGAUCAGCACAUCAGUCCAUGAUCUUUCAUUAAAGCUUACCUGAAUGUAA